AUGAACCAAAUGAAUAUACACGGGAUGCACCCGGCCGCCGGAGGUCCGGUGGGUGGCAUUCCCAUGAUGAACACCGGCUCCUCGGCUCCCCGCAGUGAACCCAGCAAUCCCAACGCUACCCUUGACAGCGCCAUGGUUGUACAACUAAACACCUAUAUCUAUGACUAUUUUCUCAAGCGGGGCUAUAUUGAAUGCGCAAGAGCCCUGGCAAAGGACACAAAUAUUCCGAUCAACACGACGCCACCCUCCAAAUCUAACCACCGUGAAGGCGAAGUCAACGGUAUCGACCCAGAUGCCAUGGCUACCGACCAUAGCGAUGAAAUGAAGGCUAAGAUUCCUGACGAUCUACCCCGACCGAAUUUAAAUGGAGAUAUGCAACACACCUCUUUCUUAUUUGAUUGGUUUAAUCUGUUCUGGGACGUCUUCUGGGCGCAGAGAAAGAAAGGCAAAAGCACUGAUGCAAUGCAUUAUCUUCAGCAUACUCAGAAUCUCCUUCGUCUCCGUGAUCACCAGCAAAGCCAAAUCUAUCGCCACUCUCAAAUGAUGCCGAGCCAAUUUAAUAUGCGUGUGGGUAAUGGUAUGAUGCGGGCGAAUAUGCAAAAGUCUAUGAUGCAAGGCAACGCACCUAACAUGACGCCCCAACAAAUUGCGCAACUGCAACAAAACAAAGCUCAGCUGAUGCACCAUCAAAUGCAACGUGAGCAUUCGGAUAUGGAUAUGAAUGGCCAUCGUCCCCAAUCUCCUUCCUCCGUGGAGAACGCGCCGUCUCCGUCGAAACGUCCACGUCUAGAUGGAGCCCCGGUUAAUGGCCAACAAAUGACACCGAAUGGCCGUGCGCAAUCGCAAGGAAUGCCGGGUCAACCAAACCAGCAAACAAAUUCCCUAUUGAUGCAACACGGCAUUAAUCCGAGAACUUUGACACCGGCUCAACUCCAUUCUCUACAGGCACAGAACCCAACAGUACAAGCAAAAUCUCUCCAGGUAUAUAAUCAGAAUCUGGCAAUGCAUCACUCACGCUCAGCUAUGAAUAAUCAGGGCAUGCCCAAUGGUUUAAUGACACCCGGCGUUAUGCCGAACCAAGGAGACGUGAUGCCUCUGCACGAGAGCCAAGCGAUGUUGCCCAUGCAAGACUACUACGCGCCGAAUGGUCAGAUGGCACAGAUGAGACCCGGAAUGCAAACUCCAGGUGCUCAAGCUGCUGGUGGAAACCACGCACUUCAGGAUUACCAGAUGCAAUUGAUGCUCUUGGAACAGCAGAACAAACGUCGGUUGAUAAUGGCUAGACAAGAACAAGAUAGCAUGGCUCGUGGUGAUGGUCAGCCUGGGAUGGUUCAGCAAAAUCUAGUGCCUGGAACAUCUCCACAAGGUAGCAGAACCGGUGCAUCUCCAAACCCCAAUGAACAGAUGAAGAGAGGAACACCCAAACUACCUCCAAGCGGCCUUCCAGCUUCACCAAGUGUUGCCGAUGCCAUGGGCCAGGGGCGUGGUUCCCCAGCGUCUAUGAAUUUUGCUGGGGGCCAAAUUCCACCUGAAAUGGGCGGGGGGGCGUUUUUUGGUAUGAAGCCUGAAGGAAUGAUGGCACCGAAUGGAAUGCGGCCACCAAGCUCCAACCCUACGUUCAGUGGUCCGCAAAUGGCGCAGCCAAUGGAUGCCAUAGCACGGGCUCAGCCGCCUGGGACAGGAAACAGGAUGCCAAGCGGCAAUUGGCAGCAAGCUCCGCAGGGACAGCCUAUGAUCUCACAGCAACCAGGACAAGCCCAGCCUGCUGCUACUCCUCAGGAACGUAACGCGAUGCCACCACCACAGGCACCCACCGCUGGAGCUGCUGGUCGGGCCCAACCGCAAUCUCCCCAGCCUGGCACGGUCGCACCACCGACCCCACAACAGGCCAACAAACCAGCUCCAAAGACAAAGAAGGAUGCCAAAGAUAAUCCGAGAAAGCGUCCCCCCAAGGCUAAAGGCCCAACUGCUGGAGCCACUGCCGCAACGCCAUCCUCUGAGGCCGAACCACCACCAACGCCCACACCGUCUACCCCAAUCACACCCGUACAUCCCAACUCGUUUAACAAGGCCGGCCCCAAUAUCCCCACGGGCGCACCCCCAACAUCUGCGCCCCAGAAUAUGGUCCAACAGCCACCGCCAGCACAGCAACCACCGCAAGUUCAACCUCAACCUCCUCAGCCACAGAACCAACCACAACCUCCUCAACAAGACCCCAAUCUUACUUUUGGUGACAUAAACCUCCCAGACACAAAUAACUACAACCUCGACUUCACGUCUCUUGAUAAUCCAGACCUUCUGGAAAACUUCGAUUUUGAUACUUUCCUCAACACUGACGACCCAGCCACCUUUGGUUUUGAUUCUAACCUGGGUUAUGCGGAUGGUGUUGAGGCAGGUGCUGGCGAUACUAUGUAA